AUGGCCGGAAAGAAGAGAGUUGUGAAGGACUUCUCAUUUUCUGCACUUCCGUCUAAACGGACAAGAGCUCGGAACCUGGUCAUGGAGGGUCCCAGCCGCAGCACCGGGUUUAGACAGAGCCGACGGUCCAGGUCUCAGCGGGACAGGGAGCGGCGGAGGCGGCGAGUGGACAUGACUGAGCCGCGAGCCACAUCUCUGUCCUCCGGGUCCGACCAGGAGGCCUGUGGCACCAACGGAGUCCGUGGACCCGGAGGGCGAGAAGGCAGACCAUUCUUCGGCAGGCACAGGCCGCCGCGCCGGAGGAAGCGGGAGUCCGUGUCCUGUGAAGAGGACAUCAUUGAUGGCUUCGCCAUCGCCAGCUUCGUCAGCCUGGAGGCACUCGAGAUGGACUGUUCUCUGAAGCCCAAUCAACGUUCUGAUAUCCCGGGAAGAAGAAACAAGGGGAAACGAGGUCCUGAGCAAAAUGGAGGCGGUCCGCUGUCAGAUCCAGAGGCUGGCGGCCCUCAUAGUUUUAAUCGAAAUAAAAGAAGAAAACUUGAUGAGCAGGGGAUGCCUUUGGAAACGGGCUACAUUUGUGACACUGAGAGUGAUACUGGUGGCAAGGCAUCUGACAAUGAAAUCGACCCAGUCUUCACUGUUAGUACAAGGAAAGUUGUUGAACCACCAGUGGCAAGUGUGGGCCCAUCGUCCAUUGGCAAAAACGGCCCCCCACUCCAGGCGCGCUGUGGGACUGUCUCACGGUUGAUGGUGACGCCGCGUGUGUCUGGUCUGGAGCGAAGUCAAGAGAAAAACCAGGAACAACAUUUCCCAGAAGCAGUUUCUUCUACCUCUUCUCCUUGCCUUCCUUCCCACUCCUUAGUUCCUCGACCUAAUGCCAUUAAUGGUGGCAGUAGCCGCCACAACGCCAACUCUCCUCUUUCAAAACCCAAGCCCUUUCUCACAUUACCUGGCCGAUCACAACCUAUGUAUGGCAUUAACAGGAGUAGUACUCCUGUCAAACCAACAUCUUCGGCUUCAUCCAUCGCAUCUUCCUCUAUGCGUCCACCCACCCCAUCUACGAGUGUGUCUUUGUCGUACAUCAGAGGCUCUAACUCGUCGCUGCCACUCAGACCCCCGUCACGAGCCAGUGGAGCACAUUUCACCUCAUCUCCUGGUCUACCACCUCCACCACCUCUCCUCCAAGGACCAUCGCAUGUGUCUGCAGCAGAGCGCGAAGGCCGCCGUAGUGUCCCUGGAUCAGAGAAUGCCACAGCAGGCCGCAACACUCCUGCUUCCAGUUCGACACCUGGGUCUUCAAGCAGGACUUCCCAGAGCCAACCCAGCAUCCAGCCUCUGGCCUUCCAGUUCCAUCAGCACAACCACCAGCACCAACACACGCACACACAUCAACACUUCACACCUUUCCAGUACCCACCAGCUGCUGCACCACCACUGUUUGAGAAGUAUGGAAAAAUGAAUGAGCUGUACAGACACCCUUUUUUUCCACAAUUCCAACCCCCUGUGCCGAGUAUUCAGCCUGUGAUUCCUCCAACUGGGCCUUUCAGCUCUUUACAAGGAGCAUUUCAGCCAAAGCCUCUUGUCCCUCAGGGAAAUGCUCCUGACCUAUCUGCUCGACUUGGGGUUGUGCCUCACCACCUUCAGCCCAAAGACCCCAGGCUUACUGAUCCAUUUGGGACAUCGUUGAAAAUCAGUAAUAAACCAGGGAAAUGGUGUGCUAUGCAUGUCUACGUGGCCUGGAUGAUUUUAAGCCAUCAGAAGAAAGUAAAGUUAAUGCAAGCCGAUCCUCACAAACUGGACUUCCGGAGUGAUCUAUUGGCCCGUCUUCCAGGAGCUGGUGGACUUGGACCUCUCGGACCAAUGGGGGGAUCACUGCCCCCUUCUCAUGAUCUGACAAGGCCUCCUACUUUAUUUUCUGCUGCAGGAGGUGUCAAUCCUUCCAAUGCACCUUUCAUCUCUCCACCUACACCACAUUCUUCGUUCCUGACUCCAUCACAAUUAGAUCCUUAUGGUCGCUCACCACCCUUUACCCCGCUGGGAGCCUUGGGCUCUGGUGCCUUUGGGGGACUGGGCAGCCCAUCACUGGGUGGUUCUGUAUUUGGUCCUAAAGACUCCCCAGCAAGUGUAGUGGGGGGCUUGUCAUCUAAUCAUCAUGACCCUUGGAGCCGUUUGCAUGGUGGUCCUCCUGGUGGUCCUCCUGGUGGUCCUCCUGGUGGUCCUCCUGGUUUCCCUGGGCCCAGUUGGGCUAAAGGCCCAGAUAGAAGGGACGAGAGAGAUCGAGGCAAAGAUGCAGAAAGAAGAGAGAUUCCUCACAUUAAAGAUGAAAAAGACAGAGACAAUAUGCUGUAUGGCCGACCUCCUGUGAGAAUGUCUCCAGUUGGGCCUGCCUUCAAGCCCCGCAGUAGCACCCCGGUUUCCCACAUAAAUGGCCACAGCAGUGCCCUUGGGCCAAGCAGUGGACCCAUUGAAGACCUGACGCGCAGUUUCAAUCGGGACAGAGACCGGGAGAGAGAUGUUGAUAAGAGACCGUUGCCAACAGUGUCCUCACGGGGGCCUCCUGUUGGCUCUUCCACUUUAUUAGGAGAACGGCCACGGUCGUCCUCCUCUUCUGUGCUUACCACCCCGCCACCUUCCAACCCAUCAGCACCUUCUCCAUUGAACCUUUAUCCACGCACUAUUGGUUCAUCUGCACACAGCCACCACAGUGAAUCUACACACUCUCAAAGAGAGAGCAAUCCUGCUUCCUCUGUAGCUUCUGCCUCGGUCACCACUUUAACUCAGGCAAAGAAAUCUGAUCGGACAACACCUGUCUCCAAGUCUUCACUGCUUGUUCCCCCGGUCAAAGUCAAAGAAGAAAGAAAGGAAGAACCAGAGCACAUCCCCAUCUCACUACCACCUCCUCCAGCACCAAAUCAUACAUUUGACCGUCCAAAUAGCCAUCCACACCACCACAGGUCUGGCACUCCUUCCUCAUCAUCUUUAACACCCACUCCAGGUAUUCCCCUUCCCCCACCAACUCCAAAUCCACACCUUUCUCUGCUUGACCGUUCUCGAUCCAUCGAUGCUUACCUGAGCAGUGCAGGUCCUGGGGGCCUAGUGAUUGGCCCAGGAGGUGAACGUUUCCAUCCUGGACCAGCUCAUGGACCUUCUCAGGGGCCUCACAGCUUUACAUGGGACCCCUGGAGGGAGCUGGCAGCGCAGCAUCAGCAUCAGCAACAGCGCAGAGAGGCCAUGGCUCUUCGGUCAGACCCUCAUCUUGCCUUGAGAUCAGAUCCACAUCUUGCUCGAUUGCUCCAGCACCAGCGUCUCCUGGAGGCCGAGAGGGCUGCUGCAUUGGCAGCUGCGCACCAUCCACCUACGUCUACCUCCAGUUCUAAUGUUCGACAGGAUUUCAGCCUUAUGGCCCACCCAUUUGACCGCCACCAUCAGCUUGGACACCACCAGGGUGUGCUGAUGGAAGAGGAGCAGCGUGCCCAGAUUCUGCGAGAAGACUUUGAAAGGGCGCGUUACUUUGGCAUGCAUCCUCACCUUCCAGGGCCUCACCUCUCCAGUCCGUCUCAUGCUGCUACAGCUGCCCACCUUGAACAGCUCCACCCAGGCCUCCUGUCCCAUCACCUUCCACCAGGAGCCUCUGCAGCCCACCAUGCAGGCCUUUACUCACGACUAGGCCCCCUAAACCCACAUAUGGCUAAUGGCAUCUUGGCAAAGACGCCUGCUGGGCUAGUGGGAGCCUUGUCAAUGGGAGCCCCACCACCCCUCAUUCCGUCCGUGGCCAGUCGGUCCGCCACACCUCCUCGCAGACUCGGUUUGCCAGAGUUUCCGGAUCUGUACUUUGUCAGCAGCGGCGUCCCUCCACCAUUUCGCUGCGUAAAGUCUCCUCCCCGCGACCGCUACAUUCUGCGCCGAAACACACUCUCUCCCGGUCCGUAUUUUAACUUCUUCCCACAGACACACUGCAUCCUGGAAGUAGAAAGCACAGAAGAUCUGUGUCUACAACAUCAGACAGGAGCAGUGUGCAUCCAGAGCGGAAAAGAGGGGCAGAUCUCUGGGGGGGAGGUGGUGCGGCAGUCUGUCUCCCCGGCUGUGGAAGUGCUGGGUGCUGACUCCCAGGCUGCACACAAUGUGGCUGGGGAGUCACAUCAGCAUGCCCCGCAGCCGGUCACAGCUGCCCCCCGCCCAGUACCUCCUUCACCUAAAGCACCCGCAGUACCAUUGGAGGAUGGGGACUGGUCUGGUGUACAUCUCAAUCAGAGUUACUUGGUCCAGCGGGAAGAUGGAACUGUUUGCCAAGCUGCUAUUAUCAAUGACCUGGGCUCGGAGCUUUCCGCUGGACAGACCGUUCACCUGGACUCUCAGUCUAUAGUGUAUCAGUUCUGUGACCUUGUGGAGGAGGUGGCAGAGGAAACUACCGACCUUUUUGCGGAUGAGGCUGGCGACGAGGGGCAAGAUGUAGAGGGGGACGAGGAGAUGGAGGAGGAUGAGCCUUUGGAAGAUCCAGGAGACGGCUCUGAGGAUGAGGGCAGCAGCGAAGAGGAUGGCAGUAAUGAAGAAGCAGAGACUGAUGGACCAGAGGCUGAUAUGGCCUCACCAGCCUCGCCACACAAACAUGGACAGAGCAGGACAGACAGAAAAGCACUGUUCCUGAAGGUGCGGCAGUGGAUCGCCGACAGGGUAUCAAUGAAUUCUUCUCCUGGGUCACCCUCCCCUGGCCCAUCGACCAGCAGUGACUGGUCCAUUCCAAGGUUGGACAGAUCUUCUCCCCCGCGAGAAUCUUUCGGAAAGUUACAUUUGCCACAAGAUCAAAGCACACCCCACCGACCACGUGGCCACUCUGAUAUGGCGGAGCAGGCUAAACAUGAAGCAGACAUUGAAAAUCGGACGCAGGCACUGAAGCGUGAUGGAUUCUGGUCAACAAAACGUCUCACACGUCUGACCGAGCCGACACGACCCAAAGUGCACUGGGAGUAUUUGUGUGAGGAAAUGCAGUGGCUGUCUGCAGACUUUGCUCAAGAGCGACGCUGGAAAAGAGGUGUUGCUAGAAAGGUUGUACGGAUGGUUAUGAGACAUCAUGAAGACUUGAGACAAAAGGAGGAAAAAGCAAAGCGGGACGAACAGUCAAAAAUUAGAAAAGUUGCUGCUUCAAUUGCCAAGGAAGUCCGGGCAUUUUGGAGCAGUGUUGAGAAGGUUGUACAGUACAAGCAACAAUCUCGACUUGAUGAAAAGCGGAAGAAAGCGUUGGAUCUGCAGCUGGACUAUAUUGUGGGACAGACGGAAAAAUAUUCAGAUCUUCUCAGCAAGUCUCUGGCAACAGCCUCCAAACCUGCUGAAACAGACACUACAACAUCGCCUCAGAAAUCUCAACCAGUUCCUCUCGAUGAAGAUGAUGGAGACUUUGAGCCUCAGUGCGAGGAGGAGGAUGAUGAGGAGACGAUCGAUGUGGAAGAGCAGCGGGAAGGCAACGACGCUGAGACCCGGCGCAGAGAGAUCGAGCUUCUGAAAGAGGAGGGCUCACUUCCUCUGGACCAACUGCUCAGCACACUCAACCUGCCACAGGACGGAGCAUCAGAUAUGGAAGGCUCUGACCAGUCAUCUUCAUCAGGAGAGGAGGAAGAUGAAGACAGGGAAUUUACUGCAAAUGAAGAAGAUGCUGAAGAUGAGGAAGACACUAUAGAUGCCCAGGAGAAGGUGGAAGGAAAUGUCGAUCACUCUGCUGAGUUGGAUGACUUGGCCAAAGAAGGGGAUAUGAGUCUUGAUGAGCUGAUGGAGAAGUACAAAGGGGCUUAUGCAUCUGACUUAGAAGAGCCAUCUGCGUCUGCCUCUAAAGCCAACUCUGAUUCUGAAGUGUCGGGGGAUGAGGAGGAGGAGAGUGAAGAAGAUGAGAGCGACGUGGAAAGUCACACAUCGUCAUCAGAGUCAACAGGGGACAGUGACGAAGAGCAGAGUGUGAAGGAGGAUGGUGCAGAAGACGAUAACUCUGGAGAUGAAGGAAUGGAGAUCUUACUAAAAGAAGGCGACCAUAACCCCACUUCCUCCAGUUCUCGGCCAAAGAAAGACAUGAGCCACUUUGCUGCUACUGCUGAGAGCCUCCAGCCCAAAGGUUACACUUUAGCCACAACCAAGGUGAAAACGCCAAUCCCUUUCCUUCUUCAUGGGAAUUUGCGAGAAUAUCAGCACAUCGGUCUGGACUGGUUGGUGACUAUGUUUGAAAAGAAACUCAAUGGGAUUCUAGCUGACGAGAUGGGUUUAGGCAAGACAAUCCAAACAAUUGCCCUGUUGGCUCACCUUGCCUGUGAAAAAAGUAACUGGGGCCCACAUCUUAUCAUCGUACCCACCAGUGUCAUGUUGAACUGGGAAAUGGAGCUGAAACGCUGGUGUCCUAGUUUCAAAAUACUUACAUACUUUGGGAGCCAGAAAGAGAGGAAGCUUAAGAGACAGGGCUGGACCAAGCCUAAUGCAUUCCAUGUGUGCAUCACUUCAUACAAACUGGUGCUGCAGGAUCACCAGGCAUUCAGGCGAAAAUCCUGGCGCUACCUGAUCCUGGAUGAGGCACAAAACAUCAAGAAUUUCAAGUCCCAGCGCUGGCAAAGUCUUCUAAAUUUUAACAGUCACAGGCGGCUGCUGCUGACCGGCACGCCUCUACAGAACAGUCUGAUGGAGCUCUGGUCCCUCAUGCACUUUCUGAUGCCUCACGUCUUCCAGUCCCACCGCGAGUUCAAAGAGUGGUUCUCCAACCCACUCACUGGGAUGAUCGAAGGCAGUCAGGAGUACAACGAGGGCCUUAUCAAGAGGCUCCACAAAGUGCUGCGGCCCUUCCUCCUCCGCAGAAUUAAAAUUGAUGUGGAGAAGCAGAUGCCCAAGAAAUAUGAGCAUGUAGUGCGCUGUCGGCUGUCCAAGAGGCAAAGGUUUCUCUAUGACGACUUCAUGGCUCAGGCUUCGACUCGGGAGACUUUAGCCAGUGGCCACUUCAUGUCUGUGAUCAACAUUUUGAUGCAGCUCCGGAAAGUGUGCAACCACCCCAAUUUAUUUGACCCUCGUCCCAUCCAGUCGCCUUUCAUCACAAAGCCCAUUGUUUUCUACACUGCUUCACUGGUGCAUGAAGCCCUCGAAGUGUCUCCUUUCCAGCGUUGUGAUUUGUCUGCCUUUGACCUCAUUGGUCUUGAAGCUCGAAUGUCCCGGUACCAGGCAGAUGUUUUUUUGCCCAAGCACAAAGUCACCCGUCGGCUAAUCCAGGAGAUUGUGGACUCUCCUGAACCAGCUCCAAGACCCAAACCAAUUCAAAUGAAGGUCAACAGGACGUCCCAACCUCCCCCUAAAGGUGACAGCAGGCCAGUUGUGAACAAACCCACCAGCCCAGUGCCUCCAGCCACACAGGCCCCAAAACCACCUCCCGUCGCUGAUGCCACACCUGUAACUACUGCACCUGCCCCUGUCCCUGCCCCUGUCCCUGCACCUGCAGCUGCAACUGCCCCUGCAGUUCAACAAGUGGUCUGCUCCGUGGCUCCCUGCCCUGGGCCGCGCCCCGUCAUUCACCCUCAGACUGCGGUGAGGUCCAGUGCUCCAAAACCAGUGCUGACCGUGAGGCCUCCGCUGGCUCCAGGAACACAGGGCAUUCCAGCUCAUUCCAGUCCCAACACCGUACUGCCCCAGAGAGUGCUGCUUAGUCCUGACAUGCAAGCUCGCCUCCCCUCUGGCGAAGUUGUCAGCAUAGCCCAGCUUGCCUCUCUCGCUGGGAGGCCAAUGUCGUCAUGCCAGGGCAGCAAACCGGUCACUUUUCAGCUUCAGGGCAACAAGCUGACUCUGUCUGGAGCGCAGAUCGCAUCUCCAAGGCCUGUCCAGGGUAAUGUAAUGCACCUUGCUGUGACCAGUGGAGGGCAGCACCACCUGAUAACCCAGCCCACUCAUGUCACUGUCCAAACUUCAUCCCUCACGCAUCCGGUCAACACGGCCUCCUCUGCCCCCAUUCUGAACCGUUUGUCUCCAAAUGCCUCUUCACAAGUGCCCUCUUCGGUGAUGAGCGGCUCUGGAGUUGUCAAGAUAGUUGUACGUCAAACUGCAGGCAAGGAUGGUGGGUCCGUGCCCACUCUGGCCGUGGCCCCUUCCCCCCGUGUCGUCCCCCAGCCUGUACUGUAUCCCAGUAGCACUCCUAUAAGAAGCACUCCCGUCGCCAGACACACCGCUCCCAUUCAGAUCACCCACCGCACCCCGGGUCCCGCCACCGCCCACUACACCAUAGCACCUCCUCCUAGAAUCCCUAGUGCUGUCCCCAGUCAGUCCCAGCCCCCUCGUCCUGUCCUGAAAGUAGUGCAACCUCCCCUCACAUCUGCACCAGCCACACCGCAGCCAGCUCCAGCCCAGGCAGCGCCCAAACCUGUGCCCAAGACUCCUGCACCACAACCAAGUGAAAAAAGCAGCAACAGUAAUCAAACUUCAAAUCCACCCAAACUUAAACCUGUUGUUGCGACAAAGGCUCCACCACCGCUGCGGAAAGUGCCUCCUCCACUCCCUCGUUCUCCCUUCUACUUGCCAUCGCUAGCAGAAACCCUGAAGCAGCAGCAUGAGGGUAAACUUGACUUAAUCCUGCAAGUGAAUGAGCGGCGCUGCGGGGCAAAACCUGUGUAUGGGCGAGAGGUGUUGGACUUUUUGACUUUUCUCUCGGGUCCCGCUGUCUCUCCGUCUCCUUUCGGCUCUCGGCCUCACUGGGGACGCUCAGGACACAGCAGCUGUCUCUACGCUCAAAGUAAAGACAUGUGGUUCCAAAGUCCCGCUGUGCAAGAGGGAAUUUACAGCAUUGAAGAUCGGCUCCAGCAGCUCAAGCAUAUAAUUGACAGGUUUACGUUCGUCAUUCCUUCAGUGGAGUGUCCUCCCAUCUCGAUGCACUGCUGCCAUCCUCCUCCAUCUCAGACCCACAAACAGAGCGUCCUGGCCUCCGCACUCGCGGCUGAAGUGGCUCCACGCAUCCGCAGUCUGCACCGUAUCCAAGCCAACAUGAGGACGCAGUUCCCAGAUCUGAGACUCAUACAAUACGAUUGUGGUAAACUGCAAACUCUACACAAAUUGUUGAGGCAGUUAAAGACAGGGGACCAUAGAGUGCUUAUAUUCACCCAGAUGACACGGAUGUUGGAUGUACUUGAACAGUUUUUGAAUUACCACGGCCACAUUUACCUUCGAUUGGAUGGCAGCACCCGAGUAGAGCAGAGACAGUCGUUAAUGGAGAGGUUCAAUGCAGACCGCCGCAUUUUCUGCUUCAUCUUGUCGACUCGCAGUGGGGGAGUGGGAGUGAAUCUGACCGGAGCAGAUACUGUCAUUUUCUACGACAGUGACUGGAACCCCACAAUGGACGCUCAGGCGCAGGACAGGUGUCACAGAAUUGGACAGACCCGAGACGUCCACAUUUAUCGGCUGAUCAGUGAACGCACAGUGGAGGAGAACAUUUUGAAGAAAGCCAAUCAAAAGAGGAUGCUUGGAGAUAUGGCGAUUGAAGGCGGUAACUUUACCACCGCCUUCUUCAAAGAGCAAACUAUUCGGGAGCUGUUUGACGUCAAUGAUGGAGAGAAGAAAGAAGCAGCUGUGGAGCUGACUUUGCCGCCUCCUGAAGAGGAGGAAACUGUUCAGAAACAAAGCACCAAUAUUCUUGAGCAGGCUCUCUGUCGUGCCGAAGACGAGGAGGACAUUGUGGCUGCUUCUCAGGCUAAAGCCGAGCAAGUGGCUGAACUGGCAGAGUUUAAUGAGAACAUUCCACUGGAUGAUGGCGGCGAAAACGAGGAAGUGGAGGAGAUGUCAAAGGCUGAGCAGGAAAUUGCAGCUCUAGUGGAGCAGCUCACUCCUAUCGAGCGAUACGCUAUGAAUUUCCUGGAAGCUUCGUUGGAAGAUGUUUGCAAAGAGGAGUUGAAGCAAGCAGAGGAGCAAGUUGAAGCUGCCAGAAAGGGUCUUGACCAGGCUAAAGGGGGGCUUAAGCUGCAUCCUUCAUCCGACGAUGACGAGGAUGACUUGCAUUCGGCUUCAGCAUCGGCCGAACCUGCUUCGACUCCAGCUCGCCGUGGUCGAAAACCCAAAGAGAAAGAAAAGGUUGUUGCCUCCACUAGAACCAGUGGCCGGCUGCGGGGGGCCUCCCCCGAGAUGGAGUCUGAACCCACUACACCCAGAGAAAUGCCCCGCCCAGGGAGAGGCCGACCGCCCAAAGACCCUGGCGCUACCCCUGCCACCCCAGUGCGCACUGAUCACCUUAUGACCAGGUCCCAGGACUCUAAAACGCCUAAAGCUGCAUCGCCUGCCAGGGAACAGAUGACGGUUAAAACUAGAAGUCAACCAAAUCGUACUCAGCCGAGUCAAGUGCCUUCUCUCACAGCCUCUCCUCCUAAAAGGCCCCAGCAGUCCGCUACAGAAGCCGAAGUCAAAGUCUCCAAGUCCGUGAAAGGAGAGAAUGAAGGUGGCCUUGAAAAGGAGCAGGGCAUGUCUGAGUCUUCAUUAGACUCCAGUGGUGCAGCUGAGAAUGUUAUGAAAGAUGACGACGACAACAAAGAGCAAAGUGCAAUGUCUCCUCCUUCCAGCUGUUCUCGCUCCCCUCGCAAACGAGUGACUGCGGACGAUGAAAUCCUGAAGGGGCUGAAUGAGGACUCUCCCUCCGCCAAAGUGCUGCGCAAACUGCCAGGACGACUCGUCACUGUGGUGGAGGAGAAAGAGCCCCGAAAACGGAAGAGAAGAACCAGUGGCACAGGUGGGUCAUCAGAGGAGACUAACACAGAGGAGCACACUGACACCGCCUCCAGUAAUGACAAAGACAAGCCCACUUCUAGUCCUGAAAGCAAAAUAAAAGACUCAUCAGAGAAGCCAAAAGAGCCAGAAAGUGCCACCCCUCCACCUGUUCGAAGUGUUCCACCGUAUUCCCCACCGCGUUUAUCCCCCGACAUGCCCGUGUUGAGGAACCUGCCUGUGCGGCGGAGAGUGGAGACAGAGAAUCGCUUGGCGGCACAAAUGGGAGAGCUAUUUGGGAGGGGCCGUGGAGCAAAUCAACACCGUAAAACUGACGCAACGCAAGGCUCUUCACAGGAGGCAAAUUCAAACUCCGCAACUGUAAAACGAAAAAGAGGGCGGCCGGUGAAGAGUUCUGAAAAUGCAGAGCCCCCUUCACCACAGCCUCCCUCUCCCACUGAAACUAACAACCCCCCCUUGUCUCCAAAAGACAAGAGAGGCCGUAAAGACUUGCUGACGGAAACGGAGAGCACAGAGCAAGCAGUUCUCAGUCGCCAAAGCAGUCAAGAUUCAACACGAUCCUCCUCCCCCUCCUCGGGUUGUUCGACUCACACCCUCACGCGCUACGCUCAUCACAAGAAAACGUAUGAAAACCGGAACCCCGCAAAAAGGAGACGCGUUGAUGUCACUCCACCAGAUGCCAAAACGGAGGAUAAGAAAUCAGAAGAUGUUGGCAAAGGGACAAAAGCUGAGAAGCAACCGCAAGAAAAACCACAAGAGGAGAGCAAGGAAAAGGCCUCAACACAGAAACGACGCUCAAGAUCUUCCUCAUCUUCCUCGGAUUCAGACUCUGAUGACAAAAACGAGCAUCGUUUAACCCGAUCGGCUAAGAGAAGGCUACAAGAUAAUGACAGUGAUGGCAACAGGCAGGCAAAGAAACCAGCUCGGGAAAGAAACAGUGCGAACGUAUCAACUGGGGGUGAAUCUAGUAGUGAUGCAUCUUCAGCUCGGAGCUCAAGAAAGUCCAUUGAUUCAAAACCCCCAGCCCCUCCCCCUGAGCCAGAGGUCUUGGGAAAGAGGUGCUCGGCUCUAAAUGCUGCUGCAAAACUUCUGGCAAUGAAAGGCAAUGUGGACACACCAGGUCACACCCCCAGGAGAGAUUCAGCUGCUAAAGCCAAUGCAGCUAAAGAGAAGAAUGAAAAGGCUAAAAGUAAAGGCACCACCUCAUCGCCAUCUACCAACUCUGUAGCAAAACACUCUACCAAUAAAAACAAUGAUAAAGAAUUUUCAAGCAAAUCUUCGACUCCAAAUCAGACCAGUCGUACGCCCACUCGGUCCACGCGGCAAUGUCCUGGUUCCCUUGUCCCACCUCUGCAAAGUGAGUACAAAAAACACAAAGCUGAGGAGAAGGAGUGCAGGAAGUCGACAGGGGGCAAAGAUGGAGAGAGGGAGGCACGGCGUUCAUCGCGAGGCAACAGCGCCUGCAGCAGUAUCAGCAGUGACGACGGCGAGGACAGCAGGAGCAGCAGCAACAGCAGUCAAAGGACUCGCAGCAUCAGCUCUCAGAACGCCGAGGGCCGUGGAUCCCGCUCGAGAGGCACGUCCUCCGGCAGCGAAAGAGACAGACGGGACAGGAGUGAGAGCCGGAGGGAUAGUCUCCGGUCGAGCAAAACUCAGAAUGAAUUGAGUAGUUCAGGGAACGAGGGGACGCCCGACAGAGUGCUGCGCAGCGUGGCGGCCCUGGCGGCUGCACAAGCACGGUCUCCGGCCGCUAGCACCCGCUCUUCUGCCAGCCAAAGCCGAAACAAGACAUGA